CCGGGUAUUGCCUACGAGCGGGUGCAUGUGACGACGGGCUCGCAACUGCAUGCGCGCAACAGCGAGCGCACGGCUCCGCAGCGCACGGCUCCGCAGCGCAUCAACAGGUGAUCACAAUCACACUCAUUAGGAACGCACGGCAGAAACCCCGGAACAAAAUAAGGAGUGAGCAUUCAGUCAGUAGCUUGCAACGCAACAAACGGCAGCAGAAGAAACGGCAGCAGAAGAAACGAAAGCUGAAUAACCACAGGAGUAAAACACGCAUGGAAGCAGAAAGGAUCAAGGAGGCUACCGGUUUUUCACCUACAACGACCACCACUUCGUUACUGGUCAAUAAACUCAAGAAAGAGAGUGAAAUCCUGAGUCUGGUCUAUUUUCUUCCCUUAUCAAGUGUGGGAAACCAUGACGUUGAAAUACACUUGCCAGUGAAAAACCGCCUGUGACCAGUGACCAGUGAAGACUCCACCUGCGGCCACAACCGAGAGGGAAAAUACUCCACCUAGGGGCCUGGAGGAUCGAGCCUGCUGUCUGUCAGCUGAAGGAAACAAAAUGGCAAAGUCACUAGAUGAUCUGAAAGUGGAGAGGACCACAGCUAAGAGACUUUUCUCCCGUCUUGCUAACAGCAUUACGAGGAACCACGCAGAGAUGUCCAUGGAGGAGUUAAAAGAAAACUUCAAGAAGCUCACAUUGGAGAGCUCCAGAGUCAUGGAGGCGAAUGAAGAAAUGGAGGCGGCCUACAUAGCAGAGUCCGAUGUAACUACUGCACAGGAGCUGAGCGACCCAUUGAAAGCCGACCUGGAACAAACGGAGCAGCUUUGUGAGCAGAAGACGAAGGAAGUUAAACUCCUCAUUCAAAAGACACUCUGGGAUGUUUAUGGAGAAAAAGAACUGUCCUUAGCUCUACAUGUUGCUGAAGUUGAGUGCAAGAAUGUCUCCUCCACCCAGCUAGAUGUGACUUUGGAAGCAUAUGAGUUCAUGCUGACUCACUUUGAAAAGUUAGUGCAGAAGGCAAAAGAAGCGCACCAAAACUGGAACCGCUGGGCUCCGUCUGCAGAGCAAAGAGACUUCAAUGCCCGUCUAAGAGAGCUUGAGGUGCACCUUCCCCAGCUGGUGUCGCGGAAGGCCGCCUUCAUCAAAGCAGCAAAGAUAAAAGUGGACACUGAAGAGGAACCCCCAGGCCGCCGUGCAGUUGCAGCAAUAAAGCUAAAAGCCACAGCCCUACCGAAGUUUGCUGGCAACCAGCGAAGCUACUACAGAUGGAGGCAAGAAUGGGAGGCUCUACAGAAGCAAGGUGAACCGACUGGCUCCAAAGAAGUGAAGAAAUUUCAACUGCUUGAUAGCCUCGAUGAGAAGAUGACCAAAGAUCUAUGCCUGUCAACAUACAACUCAUCAGACGAUAUCUUCCAAAUCCUGGAGAACCGGUUUGGGAAUCAAGCCAACAUCGCUCUCGAGAUUGUUGAAGAGCUUCAAGCAACCCCGUCAGUCAGGAGUGGUCAGCCAAGAAAGGUCAUAGAGCUCAUCCAAACUGUGGAAAAAGCCCUUUAUGAUCUAAGUGAACUGGACAAUGCAGAUGCCAUAAAGAACCCGAUGGUGACCAAAUCCAUUGAGGGCAAGCUCCCAGAGACUUUAAAAAAAGACUGGCUCACCUAUGCUGCUGUUGAAGGAAAUGGUGUUAACCGCCACAACCGCUUUGACAAGCUUAUCACGUAUCUGAAAUCACAGAAGUCCAUAUAUGAACAAUUAGAUCAGUUAAAAGAUGUCGUCGAACCCGCCAAGGAGAAGACCAAGUUCCUAAAGCACGCCAGAACAAAAGCUACCAAGUCCAGCAAUGAAACAGUAGGCUGCAUCAUUUGUGGUGACCCAAAGCACAGAAAGAAAUUAUACUUCUGCAGAAAGUUUAGGACCAACCUCAAGCCAUCGGAGAAGAGGGACGCAGCACAACAACUUGGUGCUUGCAAGCGAUGCCUUGAAGUCCACAACGACGACUACUGCAAGAAAACAACUUACCUGUGUGGGAAUUCUGAGUGCAAAGACCAACACCAUUACCUUCUCUGUCCAGUUGCCAGAUCCCAGCUCCAACGAACACCCAAAUCAAGUCCAGUGAGAGCCGAGGGCAAAAGAUACACAGAGACUCAAGAAAAGUUCCUCUCCAAACUUACACCAGAGCUGGCGCAGCAGUGUCAAGACGCCUUCUGCAAUAUAGCGUCCAGGGCAUACAACUCCACUGCAGCAGAGCGAGGCCUUCUGGAGGAGAACUUCUUAAGCGAGUACCCGGUAAUCCUAAUGCUCCUCGACGUCACUGCCAACGAUGGACAAAAGAUCGGGACCCUCAUUGACCUGGCAUCAGACACGAACUACAUAACACACAAAGCUGCGAGCAAGCUGAACCUGAGAAAUGAAGACGUGACGCUGGUGGUUUACGGUGUUGGAGGGAUGAAGGUGUCGGUCGCAACAAAGCGCUACCUCCUCAGGAUACGUGUCAGCACACCAAGAGGGACCCUCAAGUCACAUCAACUAAUCUGCUAUGGACUUGAUACAAUUGCUGAAGUUCACAGACAUGUUCCAGCUGCCAAGUUGCAGAAAAUCUUCCCAGAUGUUGCUCUUCAAGACCUUGCAAGACCGAGGGAAAUACAACUUCUGAUCAGCCACAAAGAAGGGAAGCUGGUACCCCAGAAAGUUUGUUCUGUCGGUGACCUGGUGCUCUGGGACGGCCCGCUUGGCAAGACCGUUGGAGGCACGCACCCGGACCUCUUUGAAAAAGUCACCCUAAUGGCCCAUACGUCAAAGACGCACUUUGCAAGAUCCAUGAGAACUGCAGCAGUCAAAUAUACUGAAUUCACCUUUAAGGAUCCAGUCUCCUGUCAGUCUCCCAAACAUCUGACCCAGUCCAAUACAGCCACUAGCAGCAGAGACUUCCUGAAGUGGUGGAAAUGGGAAAGCAUUGGAGCCGCUUGUGAGCCGAGAUGCGGAGGAUGUCGUUGCGGAAAUUGCCAACCCGGAGGGAAAGAAAUGACGCUGGCGGAAGAAAGAGAGAUGGAGAUGGUGAGAGAUGGCUUGACAUACGUGAACGGAGACCAUCACAGCUCUGAACCACACUGGCACACUAAGUAUCCAUGGACUGAAGAUCCAGCAUCUAUACCGAACAAUAAGAGAGCGGUCGAAGCCACAUUCUACAGAAUGGAGAAGCAGCUGGCGAAGGAACCAGAAUGGAAGAUGGCCUACGCUUCACAAGUCCAUGAAAUGCUGAAUCGCAAAGCAGCAGUGAAGCUGUCCCAAGAAGUUCUGCAAAGCUGGACUGGGCCAGUGUGGUACAUAAGUCACCUGGUCGCACCAAAUCCACAUUCAGUCUCCACCCCAGUGAGGCUAGUAUGGAACAGCAGCCAGAAGUACAGAGGCCUGAGCUUGAACGAUAUGCUGAUCAAAGGUCCCGACGUCCUGAAUCCGAUCAGAGGUGUCCUGCUGAGGUUCCGAACUGGUAUCUUUGCUGCCCUUGGUGACAUCCACAAGAUGUACAACUCUGUCUGGCUGGAGGAAAGAGAGGUCCACCUGCACCGGUUUCUGUGGCGUGACACUGAAGAUGCUGAGAUCGAAGAUUUUGCCAUAACAAGAGUCAACAUUGGAGACAAGCCUGCUGGUUGUAUAGCCCAAGUCGCCAUGCGAGAGACCGCCAACUUGCCUUCGUUCAGCCAUUUCAAAGAGGAGAAACGUGUGCUGGAGGAAGACGCCUAUGUCGAUGAUCUUCUGACUUCUCACAAUGACCUCAACCACCUGAAGCGUCUCACAUCCAACAUUGAGCAGAUCCUUAAAGCAGGAGGAUUUUUCAUGAAGCCCUGGGUCUACUCGGAUCAAAGUGGGAGGAAAGGGAGAAGAGGUGAGAAAAUGGAGUCAAAGACCAUGAUUCUGCCGAACCAGCUCACCGAAGAGGAUAACAAAGCCCUAGGCCUCGGUUAUACCAUUGAAGACGACAAGCUACAUGUCAUGGUUGCAGUGAACUUCUCCAAGAGGAGGAGAAAAAUGCGCCUCGGCCAGGACUUACUGAGAGAAGAAGUGAGAGAACAAACCCCAGACCCACUCACUAGAAGAGAACUGUUAAGCCAAGUCUCUGGUCUUUAUGAUCCACUCGGCCUUGUGGCUCCAGCGAAACAGAAGGGAACCAUCCUGAUCCGAAGAGCUUUUCAAGAAGCAAAAGUGAUGUACAACAUAGAAGACACCUGGGAUGCUGCCUUGUCCAAAGAACUCAGAGAAGAUGCCAUAAAGCUCCUCCAAGAGUAUGCUGAUCUGAGCCUACUCCGAUUCACCAGAGCUCUCACGCCACCAGAUCCAGGAGGAAGACCAUGUGCCAUCACAUUCUCUGACGGCAGUGAGCAUGCUUAUGGCGCUGUACUGUACCUAAGAUGGAGUCGCAACCAUGAUGUCGUCGUGAGGCUAGUUGAGUCUAAGGCCAAGCUGACUCCUCUUGACCACAAGGGUGACCCUGUGAAGGCAGAGAUGUGUGGAGCGGUCUUUGCAGCUCGGCUGAAGAACUACUUCCAGAAACACUGCCGAAUCGAUGUGGAGAGGUGGUACCAUCUUGUCGACAGCCAAACCAUCUUGGGCGCAAUACAGCGAGAAAGUUAUGGCUACCAGACCUUCUUCGCAAACCGAGUUGGCGAAAUCCAGAGCAGCACUGACGUGCGAGAUUGGUGGUGGAUCCCAGGGUCGGUGAACAUUGCAGACAUCAUCACCAGAGGGGCCAGUCCUGAUGACCUAACUGAGGAAUCCGAGUGGCAGUCGGGUCCGAAGUUCCUUCAGCUUCCUGAGAGUGAGUGGCCGAAAAAAUCAGCAAAAGAUGUUGCCGCACAAGCAAAAGACAAUAUCACAAAAAUACAGAAGAAAACUUUUGUCGCAGCACUCACCCGAAGUCAACUGAAAGCACAAGAUCAAAUCACAAUCCAGGAGACAGAGUCCAAGUCCAGAAGACCAACGGCAGUAGCAGCAGUCCAAAAGCUAUUGGAUGAAAAGCGCUUCAGCAGUCUAAGGCAGCUGGUCGGUGCAAUAGCAUGGACUUGGAGAGCAGUGGAGAGGUUCCUGUGUGCAAAGGUUGGAGAUCAAGAAAAGUGGGAGGCAGAACAUUCAUCUGGCGUCAUCAUGGCCAAGGAAAGAGAAGAUGUCUUCCGGACUCUAUGCCUUGCAGCACAAGAGGGCGUACACUUUCCAAACACAACAACUGACAGACUGGUCGUUUACAAGGACCAAGCAAGCGGACUCCUGAUGUGUGGUGGCAGGAUCCAGACAUUCAAAGAGGACGAUAGAGCUGUUCCCCUGUUACCUUUCCAGGCCUGGAUCUCCACUCUCCUAGCCCGAGAAGCACACAGUGAGGGGCAUGAAGGAGUGGCAGGAACUUUGCUGCGGAUGCGAAACAAAGCAUGGGUCAUCAGAGGAGGAAUUAUUGCCCAAAAAGUCGUUGACAAGUGUAUCGUUUGCAAGAAAGCUAAAGCAAGAACCUGUCAGCAAAUAAUGGGAGACUUACCUGAAGAGAGGACGAAUCCGGCUGCACCAUUUCAAUUCACGUCUGUCGACCUGUUCGGACCAUACCUAGUAAAAGAUGAUGUCAAGAGGAGAGUGAGCAUGAAAGUAUGGGGCGUACUCUUCUGCUGUAUGUCGAGUCGAGCUAUCCAUGUCGAACUGGCAAACACGCUAUCAACAGAGAGCUUUCUUCUUGCUUACCAGAGGUUCACUUCUGUCCGAGGGCAUCCUCAAAAGAUCUGGUCCGAUCCAGGUACGAACUUUAUUGGAGCAAAACCUGUCCUGGAAGAGGUGUAUACUUACCUGAGACAACAAAACAACGACUCACUUGAAGAAUAUGCUGGCAAGAAUGGUACCGACUGGACGUGGAGAAUCCUUCCAGCCGAUUCACCUCACCGAAAUGGCGCUGCUGAAGCUGCUGUAAAGAUCACUAAACGAGCUCUCCAAAGUCUUGGUAAAGGAGAAGGCCUUACCUUCAGUGAAUUCCUGACAGUGCUCAAGCUAGCUGCCAACCUUGCCAACGAAAGGCCCAUCGAUGCCAGAGUCCAGAGCCGUGAAGACCGUGUACGAUACAUCACUCCGAACACCCUGUUGCUUGGCUACAAGAAAUGCAAAUGCAAGUGA